UUAAAAUUUAAAGUUAUUAUUAUUCAUUAAAUUUUAUCACUUUAAAAACAAACAGAAUAUUCCCAUAUAAUACCUACUACUGACACCUAUUUUUUUAACCAACAAACUGGCUUUACAAAUUUUCUUUACAAGAUUCAUUAUUAAAACAAUAUUCUCACAGAUUUAUUUGAGUUAUAAAUAUAAAAUAUAUUGGGACAAAUCACACAGAUUGAGCUAGCCCCAAAAUAAGUCCGAGACUUGUGUUAUGGGAUACUAACUCAACUAUACUAUAUUUUAUAACAAAUACAUAUAUAGAUAAACAUCCAAGAUCCGGGCCAAUCGGAAAAUGAUCAUUUUCCAUCAAGACCCGACCGGGGAUCGAACCCGGGACCUCUCGGUUCAGUGGCAAGAACUUUACCAGUGCGCCACUGAGGUCGUGUUACUUGCGGACAUCCCAUGAUAAUUAAUUUAUAUAUCAGUCCGAUAACAGCUAUUGGUAGACUGACUUUUACCAAAUCUGUUGAUCACAAAAAUCCGCAUUUAAGUAUCUACAUACAUACCUGGAAAAUCAUCAGUCGUAAGAGUUCCAUCCUAUAGUUAUUAUAGUAAAAAUCACAAUCUACACACAAAACGAACAGUACAUGGUCCAAAAUCCUUCAAACAGUGAAACCCCUUUGAUCUUCACUCUUAUAUUGACGUUACUUUCAAAUACCAUUCAAUGUAGACCACUUUCUUCGCCUAAAAAUCUGUAGAGUUAAUAUUAAGAAAGUAAAAAUAUUUAUUUAGAAAACAUAUCGAGAAAACAUAAUAAGAAGAUUGAAAACGUAUUUUAUAUUUAGGCGGGUUGCAGCUAUACUGCACGUAUUCAACGGGUCGUGACUCGUGUUGCAGACGCAUUAGGUGUGUGGCAGCCUUAAAUUAUAUUAAAACCUAACGAAUUUAAAAAUUAAAAAUAUAAAAAAAUGCCCGAGGACGUUAAAUAGAAGCUAAUGAAAAACGAUUUUUUUUUAGACAAGUCACAUGACGCACAUGACGUCGUGACGUCAUUUUUAUCAUGAAAAACAUGAUUCUCUUUGGGCCAUUAAAAAUUAAAUUUUAAUUGUAACAGUUUUAUCUAAUUCUUGUUCGUGGAAUUUAAAUGAGGAAAACAUAUGCUUGUUCUGAGAAUAGGAACAUGUAUCUUGCUAUAUAUUCUUUAUCUAUCAUAAUAAUGUAUAUAUAAUUUAAAGUUUCAUUAUUUUCACAUGGAUAAAAAAUAUUGCGAUAUUUUUAUAACAACAACAGCUCUACAUCUUUUUGCCAACGCAAGUAUUGAAUAAAACAAUUAACAUAUGCGUGCUUAUUACUCGUGACACACUUACUUCCUGACCUCUUUGACGCACAUUAGACUGCUCUGUUCAGUUUAGAUCAAAAUUGGAAACUAUAUCUGAACGUUUUCCGGUUCCUUGUUGUCGGAGCCCAGGAUCCGUUUUCCUACUAUUCUUCUCCACUUCUCCACAUAUUCGACAUGGUUUAGGCGCACAUAUCCUGCUUAUCGACAUCAGCCUAUGACUUUUGUAUGGUCUGUCUCAUCUAAGACUAUUCCUGGUUUCUUCCUCAGCCGUUGAGAGUCGGAGCUCAGGCUCCGCUAAACUUUGGUGUCAGUCUAUAAUAAAGUACUCUGUGAUAUGGUAAUUGGUAUGCAGUCAAUCAUGCUACUUUCGGAACACAAAUCAGAUAAAACAUUAUUGUUUUUUAUAUUUGUGAUUCAAAAUACCUAUAAGGAUAAGGCAAUGACAAAACUAAGCAAUUUUGUUCACAUGUUAUUUACCGUAAAUAAUAUUAUUAUUAUUCGUAAUCCAUAUAACUUAAAAGUACCAAUAUAUAGUGCCAUCCAAGAACGAUAAUAAAAUUAAAUUUGAUUUGUUGAGAAUUCCAAAAGCAUGAUGUAAAAGUAAUUAGUUAAAAACCUGGUCAAUCAAAGUGAUUAGCUUAAGUUAAUUCAAGGUGCUUAAAUUACGAUGGUCAACUUAAAACAAUCUACCAAAAUACUUUGCAGAUAAUUAGGUUUUGCAAUUUUAUUUUAGUAUAAGAAUAUAUAUAUAGUAAGAAAUUGAUCAGAGUUUGUGAUCAAGUGACAUAGACAAGUGAAAAUUUAGAAAUGGAGUUAAAAUUAGUUAUUUUAUCGUUCGCGUGCCUCUCAUGCCUGGUGCCACCAGCAUACUGCACAGAGCUGAGCACCCAGCUAGCUGCAGCAGGUGCCGCGACGGGUGCAGGGGUCCUGGCCAAAGGCGCCGUUCUUAAAGGCGCUGCACUGGUUGCCGCGAAAGCCGCCGUGGUCAAAGGGCUAGCAGUGUUAGCUGCGAAGGGCGUGCUGCUCGGCGGUGCAGCCGUGCUGGGAGCCAAGGCACUGAAAGCUGUCGCGGCUUUGAAAGCCGGAGCCGCACUGGCACACGCCAAGCCAGUGGUGGUAGAGAAGCCAGUGGUCGUAGAGAAGCCAAUACUUGUGGAGAAGCCAGUGCUGGUGGAAAAACCUGUGCUGAUGCAUGUCGCGAAACCUCAUCUGGUGCAUAAACCUGUAUUAGUACAGCCUUUCACAUACCAGGUUCCCGAACCAUCAACAGUGCUGAGCCCGCCCAGCCCAUCCAAGAUCGCGGACAGAUUGAACAACCUCGUCAGCGUCACGUCAGACGCGGUCACCAAGAAGACAGCGGCUGUUGGAGAGCUGCUUGCCUCACUUCUACCCAGCACGACUGUGGUCGACCCACCGCGACCUCUAGUGUACCAAAUAGUGUCAGCGCCAAAGUUCUAUCCCGUGCCAUUAUUCGAAAAAAAUGUCGAGAAGAAGUAAUUAUUGUUAUUUAAUUUAUUCCUAUUAUUUAAAUAAAUUAUAUAAAUUAAAUUAA